AUGGGGAUAAGAUUCAUAUUGAUGGUGAACAAGCAAGGACAAACUCGUUUAGCCCAAUACUAUGAAUGGCUCACUCUCGAAGAACGCCGUGCCCUUGAAGGAGAAAUUGUCCGCAAAUGCCUCGCUCGCAACGACCAACAGUGUUCGUUUGUAGAGCAUCGCAACUAUAAAAUUGUAUACAGACGCUACGCAUCAUUGUUUUUCCUGGUGGGAGUUGACAAUGAUGAAAAUGAGCUUGCAAUUUUGGAAUUCAUACAUCUUUUAGUUGAAACCAUGGACCGCCAUUUUGGCAAUGUGUGUGAGCUAGACAUCAUGUUCCAUUUAGAAAAAGCUCAUUUCAUGCUGGAAGAGAUGGUCAUGAAUGGUUGCAUUGUUGAGACAAGCAAAUCUAACAUUCUGAGCCCGAUACAACUGAUGGACAAAACAUCAUAA